AUGAUUAAGAAAGCCACUUAUGAGAAUAAAGAUUUAAAAUUAUUUUUACUUAAUUAUCGAAACACACCAGUCGCUGGUCUUAAAUAUUCUCCAGCCCAGCUAAUGAUGUCCAGAGAAUUAAGAACACCUAGUAAUUGCUUGAAUCAAAAUAUAUUUAAACCAAGAGUGGUGAAUUGUAGUGUAGAAAAUCAAUUAAAUAAAAUUAAACAAAAACAAUGGUAUGACAAAAAUGCUGGAUCAGAGGAAAAAGUAUUUAAUAAAGGGGAAAAAGUAGUUAUUUAUGAUAAGUUUAGAAAAGAAUGGAAUACGGCUGAAGUAAUGAGUAAAACCAAAUGGCCUCGUUCCUAUCUAGUUAAAGAUGGGAAGGGAAAAAUAUUGCGUAGAAACACUCACUUCAUAAAACCAGUAGAACAAAGUAUUGUAGAAAAAACCACCAAGUAUGAUGAUAUUGAGGAAGGUGAAAAGGAAGAAAAUACUGAAUUAAAACAAAAAAAUGAAUCUAAAGAAAACAAAAGUGAACAAAAGAAAGAAAAGGAACCUAAUUUAGAGGUAAAACAAAAAAGUGAGAACACUACAGUAAAUAAAAAGGAAUAUAAUACUACUAGAGCGGGUAGGCAGAUAGUGCCACCAAAGCGUUAUAAUAAUUUGUAA